CGUCAAGUCAUUACAAUUCUGUUUUUUGUAACGAAGACAAAUUCAAUAUAAACCAUGGCGUGUGCUCUGUAUGCAUUCGGCUCAAAUGGGAAUGGUCAGCUCGGAAUCGGAUCUAAUGAGGACAUGAGCAUACCGCAACCUGUGCUUUUUGCUCCAUCUCUUUCUUUUCAUACUCGUUGGCAACAGGAAGAACAUCGGGAACAAUAUGAACAAGGACAACGUGGAGAGUGCCAAGGCCAUGAUCAUGCUGCGAAUUCACCAUUCAUUGACUUUGCAGCAGGUGGAAACCAUACGGCAAUUAUAACUCGAGGAAAUCAAACACUCUACAUGACAGGAUCCAACAAAGACUGUGAGACACUUCUCUCAGAAGCUUCACAGGUGUUUUCGCUUCAUGCCAAUAGAACAGCCUUCCCGUCUGGGGAGGGAGAGGAGGAAGAGGAGAGUGAAGAGCAAUGGGGUGACAAAACAAGGCAUAAGGAUCGAUACCAACAUCAAAAUCAACAGCGAUGGCGAUCCAUUGCCUGUGGAUGGGCAUUUACAAUUGCUGUUACUGAACCUGGUUAUUUUGAAUCAAAACUCGUCAAUGGCGCCAACGAUGAUAUUGAGGGGACUAUAGCAAAUGAAAAGAAGGCAACAUCCAAGGUCUUUGCUUGGGGCUCUGGCUCUUUUGGUGAACUUGGACUUGGACCUCAUCUCACAAAAUCCGGUCGUAAAGCUAUUGAAAUUGAGACGGGACUCUUGAACAAAAAUUCAAAUUCAUAUCCGCUGGAAAUUCUCAAGGUUAAAGCUGGGCUGAGACAUGUAUUACUUUUGGCCAAGGAGGAAAAAACCGCUAUGCAAGGAGAUCAGUCAAUCAACAGCAAUAACAGCAGAAAAAGUAAAACUUUCUUGGUAGGAUGGGGUAGUAAUCGGCAGGGGCAACUCGGCAUUCUCGAGCGACCAUCAAACACAGACGUAGUAGGCGAUGUUCAGCCAUCGUCCUUGUCUUUUACAGAAAAGGAGCUACGCGGGAAAUUUAUGGAGCCAACCCGUAUUCUGAUCUCCAAGCUUUCGGUUCCAGAAGUAGAGAUCCUAGAUAUGGCUUGUGGGCAGAACCACUCCUUGGUUUUGUUUUCAGAUGGCACUGUUUACGCUUCGGGCUUGAACAAGUACGGCCAAUUGGGUCCCUCUUCAUCCUCCGCUUCUCCAUCUGCGUCAUCAUUAUCAUCAGUACUGGGGAAAGACUUCAGGAUUGGAUUUGAGUGUGUCCAUGGUUUGCCAUAUGUUGACUCAAUAUCUUGUGGCUGGAAUCAUAAUGCUGCUAUGGACACGCGCCCGUUUACACAAGGUGGGUCCUCAUGCAUUUAUCUAUGGGGAAGAGAUGAUCAUGGACAGCUCGGCAGCGGUAGACCCUAUUUUUCUGUGAAUGUAAAUCUGAGCGGUACAAGCCAGGUAAUACCAUCAAGUAUCAUUGUACAAGUGCGAAUACCAACUUCAAGAUCGACACCAACGCUAGACAAUGCGCAGAAUAGGGAAGAUACUUGUGAAGAAAUUGUCUCAUACAGCUGUGGAUCAGAACAUACCUUGGCUAUGACCCGGUCAGGUGAUUGCUAUGCAUGGGGAUGGAAUGAACAUGGCAAUUGUGGUACUGGAAGCAUAGAAGAUCUUUGCGAUGUACUUGAGCCUCGUAAAAUUGCUCUCCCAGGCUCUAAUAAUUCGUCUAACAGUAGAGUAAAGCAUGGUUUAAGUCGUGGAUGGGUAAAAGGUGGUUAUGGAUCUUCUUGGGUGUGGAUAUAGAGCAGAU